CUCUCGCGAGAGGACGACUCCGGCCUCCCGUUGCCUGGCGACGGGCUCGCCGCGGCCCCCGACGGAACAUGAGCGGAGCGCCGCCGUCGCCGCCCGAGCCCGGGCUGCAGACGCGGCUCGUGGAGAACCAGCCCUACGACGAGAGCCUGGACGUGAACGAGACGGAGGACGUGGCCAGCAUCUACGCGCCCAGCCCGCCGCAGCCCGGUCCGCGUCCCGCGCGCCCCUCCUGCAAGGACAGCAGCGACGAGGACGAGGAGGGCGGCGAGGGCGGCCCGGCGGCCCUGAAGGGAGCGAGCACCCCGCCGCGCGCGCCCGGCUGGGCCCCCGUCGCCGCCCCCGACCGGCCCGCGGGCGCCCUGCUGCAGCCCGAAAAGAAGGGCGGCGGCGGCGGCCCGCUGGGUUCCGGGCGGCGCUUCAGCGGCCACGAGGUGGAGGACGACGACGAGGACUCCUCGGAGACCGACUCGGACGAGGACGAGGACGAUGAGGACGACGAGCACGGCGCCCCGCUGGAGGGGGCCUACAACUCGGCCGACUACGACUACCUGCCCGUCUCCCUGGAGGUGAAGGAGCUGUUCCAGUACAUCCGGAGGUAUUCUUCCCAAAUGAUCGACCUGGAGCACAAGCUGAAGCCUUUCAUCCCGGACUUCAUUCCGGCCGUGGGAGACAUCGAUGCCUUCUUGAAGGUUCCACGCCCGGAUGGGAAGCCGGAUAAUCUGGGCUUGUUAAUGCUGGAUGAGCCGUCCACCAAACAGUCGGAUCCCACCGUACUUUCCUUGUGGCUCACCGAGAACUCAAAGCAGCAUAACGUGGCUCAGCAGGUGAAAGUCAAGAGCCUUGAGAACGCGGAGAAGAACCCCAAAGCUGUGGACAGCUGGAUCGAGAGCAUCAGCGAACUCCACCGUUGCAAGCCUCCAGCCACCGUCCAUUAUGCUAGGCCGAUGCCCGACAUAGAUACGCUGAUGCAGGAAUGGUCUCCGGAGUUUGAAGAAUUGCUGGGAAAGGUGAGCCUCCCGACCGCUGACGUUGACUGCAGCUUAGCUGAGUAUACAGACAUCAUCUGUGCCAUUCUGGACAUUCCUGUCUACAAGGGUCACAUCCAACCUCUGCACACCCUGUUCUCACUGUACUCUGAGUUCAAAAAUUCUCAGCAUUUCAAGGCUUUGGCUGAGGGCAAGAAGGUUGCCAGCCCCCCCUCCAACCCCCCCUCACAGGCUGGAGAGACGGAUGCUUUAAGCUUCACCUGAGAGGGAAGGUCGCCGCAUCCUGCCUCCUCGUGUUUAAAUAAUGGUGCUGUUAACCUCAGAGGGGCAUUUAAGAGAGGUUUCCAGCUCCCAUUCCCUUGGAGUUGUUGCUGGCCUUGCUCACUCAGGUGAUAAUCCAGUGUAAUAUUUGUGUAAUAAAGUUUUGUUGUAGGUGUUAGUCUGCCUCUCGA